UUUAAACGACACUUGAAAUUGAUUAAUCGCCUCCACGGUUCUUUUUCCCCUCGUCCUCCUCGUUCGCUCUUACCGACACCUUCUACAAACCCACACAGACACCCACGCCCGCAGCGGUCACCAGACUCACCACCCACGACUCCUUGACCACCUCCAGCUGCUCUCACUGACAAGCAGAACUCCUCUCCGGUGACCAAACUCCAUUGGAAAAGAAGCCUUCGUGCAGAGAUCUCAUCGCCGGCUAGGGUUCUACCGUCGUCCCAUUAAAUAUAACACUUACAAUGGAUUCCAGAUACACGGGAGAGAUAUUGAAGCAUUUGGAGAAGCAGAGCGAGCUCCUUAUGGAUUCCUAUAGAUCUAUGUCACAUGAAUUGCAUAAACUCCAGGUAGAAGAAGAAAUGCUGAUGCGCAAGUUUUAUGAAAUAAUGUCAUCUCAUGGUCUAAAUAAAAAGAAUCACGACAGAAGUAACGAUCCUGAUUAUGCGGAAAAUGGAGAUUGCACGGCAAUCAUUGCAAUUAGUGAUGCACAACAAUGAGGAUAUGAAGUUGGAUUAUUUCUAUCUUGGAUUUAUGUACACACAUGAGCUUUGGCUUGGAGGAAGACCUUUUUUGCAUACUCAUUGUAUGGGUUGAAUUUCGUAGAGGUUUUAAAUAGUUAUAAGAUUUCAAUAUUAAAGAUAAAAGAUAUAAGAUUGCUACUAUGUAUGUUAAGUGUGAAUGAGACAUUACAUAGCUGCUCCUUGGAAAGACACAAGAAUUACAUCUUGUACACCCAAACUAUCUUUGGGCUUUUUUCUUCCUAUUUGCUUCCUAAAAUACAAAAUCUUUGACAAUUUCUACUGUC